UAACUUUCCUUCAUGCUCGAGAGUAGUUCCCGCAUACUCGAGGCCUCAGCUAGGUUGCGGAGUAUUGUUCAACUUGCUGAAAAAUGCCCGCGAGUAAAACAUGGCCGCUAUGGAAAAAAUCGAUAUUAUUUUCUAUUCGUAGGUUUAGUCGAAGUAGGUCGUAGUAGGUCGGCAUGUAAUUCGUAGGUAAUCAAGGGUAGUCGAAGGUAAUCGAAGGUAGUUGAAGGUAGUCAUAGAUAGUCUUCAACAUAGUUGAAGGGAGGUCGAAGGAGAUCGAAAGAGGUCGUCUUCACUCUCCACUAUCCAAUUUUCCCGAAGCUAGUCUUCAACAUAGUCGAAGGAGGUCGAAGGAGGUCUUCAACAUAGUUGAAGGGGGUCUUCAACAUGACACUUUUUCAAACUCUCCUAAACUCUUCUAAUCUCACCAAUUAGGUCACCGCAAUGGGACAGCCCCUUUACUACAUUACUUGUGCUUCCAAGAGGCCCAUGCCGAACAUAACACCAAGUUAAACGGAACUCUUCUGCCUGCCCAUUAUCCAUAUCCCUCCAUUCCCCACAUCCCCAUGUGCCCAUCCAAAAGUCUCUUAAAUGCCACUCUCAUAUGUAUCUCCAUCACCACCCUGGGCAGUGUGUUCCAGACUCCCACCACCCUCUGUAAAAAACUCACCCUGCAUAUCUCCUAGUGGAGUCCGGGCAAGUUGUUCGGCGUGGAUGGGCCAAAGGGCCUGUUACCAUUCUGUACAACUCUAUGACUAUGUGCAGGGCAGGGUUUUUAAACAGAGAGUGGCGAGUGCUACCAGGAGUGGUGGUGGAGGCAGAUACUGUAUGAUAGUGGCGUUUAAGAGACUUUUGGAUAGGCGUAUGGAUAUGCAGGAAAUGGAGGGAUAUGGAUAAUGUACAGGCAGAUAAACAUUGGUCUAGGCAUCAUGUUCGGUAGGGACUUUGUGGGCCGAAUGUCCUGUUCCUGUGCUGUACUGUUCUAUGAUCUACGUAGCCCAAUAUUUAGACUUAGGCGACACUUUGGAAUCCACAAUCAGUUGUGUUUAUUGUCAAAAAGAACUUGGAAUUUGUCUCUCGAUAGCCGGCAGGCUAAUGAAGAGAGUCUGUAGAGUGUCUUUUUCCUUUAAUGAGAUUACCUGGUAAGUUAUGUAUAAGGUUUUGUGCUCCGAGCUCCAAACCAGGCUCAUGUUACUCACGUAAUACUCGCUUCCAAUGUGUGGCAAAAGUCAUCUUUUAUUCAGAAGCCGGUAUCUCUGCAUCCCAGACCAAGAUGCUGCGUGGCUCCAGGAGGAAAUGUAAAAAGUCGACAAAGUCGGAGGAGACCAGGUUGAUGGAGAAUGGAGCGGCCGACGAGAGCCAGACGCGGGCCACGGUGCAAGCUAAAGGCUUGCCGGCGGCGACCGAGGCCCCUGCCCCCCCCCGCAUUCGGCCUCGGCUGAUAUUCCACACACAGCUGGCUCACGGCAGCCCCACCGGCAGGAUCGAGGGCUUCACCAACGUUAAGGAACUGUACGCCAAAAUCGCAGAGGUCUUUGAAAUCUCACCGACAGAGAUUCUGUUCUGUACGUUAAACACUCACAAGGUAGACAUGCAGAAGUUAUUGGGAGGCCAGAUUGGACUGGAGGAUUUCAUCUUUGCCCAUGUAAAAGGACAAAUGAAAGAAGUGGAGGUGACAAAGUCGGAAGAUGCUCUUGGUCUGACCAUCACAGACAAUGGGACGGGCUAUGCCUUCAUUAAGAGGAUUAAAGAAGGUAGCACGAUCGACAGAAUCAAGACUGUUUGCGUCGGAGACCACAUAGAAGGAAUAAACAAUCAAACUAUCGUGGGCUGUCGACAUUACGAAGUUGCCAAGAUGUUGAAAGAAUUGCCUAAAGGUCAACCAUUUUUGCUUGCGUUAGUGGAACCAAGGAAAGCAUUUGACAUGAUCGCUCGAAGGACAAAGUGCGCUAAGUCUACGGGUGAAGCAAAAGUUGGAAGCGGACGGGAAACUUUGCGUUUAAGGUCAAAGGGCUCUGCCACUGUGGAAGAGGCUCCAACAGAGUUCGAAGAACGAGCGACCAGGAAAGUGGACGAUCUGUUGGAAAUUUACAUGGGCAUCAGAGACGUAGAGUUAGCUGCAACUAUGGUGGAAACCGGAAAAGAUAAGAAGAAUCCAGAUGAGUUCGCAGAGGCUUUGGACUCCGUCCUCGGUGAUUUUGCGUUUCCGGAUGAAUUUGUUUUUGAUGUUUGGGGGGCAAUAGGAGAUGCCAAAAAUGGUCGAAUCUAACACGAGUAGGUAUAAUGUGCGGAAUUCCUCCAACUAUGGGUAUGGUCUGACUCCUUGACUUUUCCCUUCCUUCACAAGUAAGCACUUUUAAUCAACGUUGGACAAUCUGAACUUUGAUUACCGCAUGUAAUUAGAAAUAAAAAAGACAUAAUUUCAGUUUAUAGACACAAAAAGCAGGAGUAACUCAGCGAGUCAGGCAGCAUCUCUGGAGAAAAGGAACCGGUGACAUUUUGGGUCGUGACCCUUGUUCCCGAAACGUCACCUAUUCCUAUGAGCCUCACUUUGAAGGAUGAAUGCAGAUUGUAUUCUUUUGAUUACAGCCAAUGAGUGUCAUCGUGGCAUGAUACAAUAUCGAAUCGAGGUCCUUUAUUGUUAUGCAAGUCUCCAGCACAGAUCAGGAAAGUCCUGUCACGCAGUUGACCAUGGGGAAUAUUACUGGCCAAACAUUUUAACUCCCCUUCCCACUUCUAUACUGACAUUUCUCUCUUGAGCUUCCUCCACUGUCAGAGUAAAGGGCCUGUCCCAUGAGCAUGCGACCUGCAUGCGGCACGCGCGACCAAACUGGAAUGCGGGGGGCGCGCGGAGGUCGAGUGAUCCCCGUACAGGGCCUGUCACAUCAGCAUGCGCCUGCAUGCAGCGAGCACGACCAAACUGGAAGCGGGGGCCGCGCGGAGGUCGAGUGAGUGACGUGAAGUUCGAGCGAAGUCCGCGGGAAGUUCGCACGUGACAUACGGCGUCAAGACGUGCGUACGGUGUCGAGACGCUGCAUAUGCCCGUCUAGGCAGUGUGUAUGGCGUUGAGGCAGCUGCGGGCCGGUAGGCCGUUGCUGCGCGUAAUUUUUGAACACGGCCAGUUUUUCGGAGCCCCGCGCGAUGUCGGGACUAGCACCACACAACUCCAUAUGGCUCCGGCGAUCGAAGUGGGACCGGCCCCGCGAGGCCGUACGGCUCAAGCGACCACGUUAGGUCGCGCUUGCCGCAUGCAGUCGCAUGCUCAUGGGACAGGCCCUUGAGGCCACAUUCAAAUUGGAGGAACAGCACCUCAUAUUUAGCUUGGGCAGUUUACAACCCAGCGGUAUGAAUAUGGAUCUCUCAAAUUUCAAGUAACCUCUGUAUUCCAUCUCUCUCCGCCCCUCCCCUGUCCUAGUUGUUCUGCCUGUUCCACUGUUCGUAUCCAUAUAUCCCUUUGUUAUCACCUCUUCCACAGCCAACAAUCGACCAUUGUGGGCUCCACCUUUCCUUGGUCAUCGGUGCCGGCUCUGGUUUGUUCUGAGGAGUGGAGAUAUAGAAGGAGUAUGGGGUUGGGCUCAGCUGGAAUAUUGUUCCUCCCAUGGUUAAGUAGUCCUCCAAAACUCACUGCAAAGACCACAGGUGAAUGAUAAUCAUCGCCUACAAGUUCACGAGGAGAAGGAAAAUAUCAAGACAGCAAGACAUAAGAUAACUUUUUUUUCGCCCAUGGUUGAAUAAAUUGAAAUUUGAUUUAUUAUUGUAACUAUGUUCAACUUUGAAUUUUUUUGUUGUUAAUCCAGCAGACACAUUUCUUUAGUUUGGAUUUAAGUGCUUCUUGCAUUUUAUGAUAUUCUCCAAGCAAACAGUCUCUUAAUUUACAACAUAGAAGAGAGGCAGUUAACGCAUUGGCUUCAAAAGCAUGACGGACCCAAAAUUUUCAGCACAGAUUGUUAACAAAAAACAACGGCUCCAGAAAUGCAUUUGAUUUCCCUGUGAAAGAUUUUGUUUGAGCUUUUUCACGCUAGUAACACCAUCUCCGGUGCGUGAAAGUAUAUUAUACUGUGUUGCAAAUAAAAUGUUAUGUUAGUCAUGAGCCAAGAAAAUUUGUAAAAAUGGCUGUAUUAUAACACUAUGCAUCAGAAGGACUUGCAUUGGAGAUGUCCAUUUUAAUUUUGCACUUUGAGUAUGACAUUUAACAUUUACAACUUGUAAAAGUUAUGAAACUAUGAAACUUAUAGAACUAAAGUCUUAUGCUGCUUGAGCCCCAUUGAACACUAAGAUGGCAGUAAUCAUUUGGUUGUAAGCAUUUAAUUAAGACUCAUUGCAGUAACGGAUCACUAAUUGAAGGUUCACUUGCUCACUUAUUCCCAGGAUGGAACCAAAUCAAACACUAGACGGCAGAGCUUUAAGGUGGGAGGGGCAAAGUUUAACGGAGAUGUGCGGGGCAGGUUUUCUACCCAGUGGGUGCCUAGGGUGUGCUGCCAGGGGUGGUGGUGGAGAGAGAUACAAUAAUGGCAUUCAAGAGACUUUUGGAUAGGCAAAUGGAUAUGCAGGGAAUUUAGGGGUAUGGAUUGUGUGGGUUUCCUCUGGGUGCUCCGGUUUCCUCCAAUAUCCCAAAGAUGUGCGGGUUUAUAGGAUAAUUGGUCCAAGUGUGUUGGGAGUGAACGGCUAAAUGGGAUAACUUAGAUAAGCGAUGGUCUUGGCAUCAUGUUUGGCACAAACGCUGUGGGCCGAAGGGCCUGUUCUUGUACUGUACUGUUCUAUGUACUGUACUAUGUUCAAUUAUUGGCCUAGCCCUGACUACAUAGUCAAUAUCAAAUGAGAUUAACUAUAUGCAGAAUUUUAUCGAGGUAUUUUGUAUUACUUUUGAAGAAAAAUCAUACACCAGAGAAAUUUGAAGCAAGCACCAUUCAGUUUAUGUGGCAAUAGAUUAUGAGGCAAUAGGAGGCAUUAAAUAUUUAGAGAGCAGGCACAGAUAUUAGUCAUGGUCAGAUAUCAGGCAAGCAAUGACAUAAUACAGACGAACAUUAAACAACACAGGAGAACAAUAGUAUUUCCUGGAGAAAGACACAAAAUGCUGGAGUAACUCAGCGGGACAGGCAGCAUUGUUGGAGAGAAGGAAUGGGUGACGUUUCGGAUCAAGACCCUUCUUCAGACCCGACCUGUCCCGCUGAGUUACUCCAGCAUUUUGUGUCUAUCUUCGAUUCAAACCGGCAUCUGCAGUUCCUUCCUACACAGUAUUUACUGGAGUUUGUCUCUGAGCCUAUGAGUCUUGGACCAAAUUGAGAAUGUAAGCUGGUGGUCAACUUGAGGAAGAAUUUUUUUUUGCCCUAAAUCUGGAACGUGCUGCCUGAGAAAGCAGGUGGAGGGAGGCAGGUGCUCUCAAAUGAAUGAGCAUCUGAAUUUUCAAAGCAUAUCAGGCAGCUGCCAAAGUGAUGUAUUAAUGUUUAGUUUAAAGAUACAGCAUGGAAUCUGGCCCUUCGGCCCGCUCAGUCUACCUCGACCAUUGAUCACCCGAUCAUGCUAGUUCUUUGUUAUCCCAUUUAGGCAUUCACUCCCUGCACACCAGGACCAAUUAUCCUACAAACCCGCACAUCUUUGGGAUAUGGGAGGAAACCGGAGCACCCAGAGGAAACCCACGUGGUCACAGCGACAACAUGCAAAUUCCACACAGACAGCACUCGAGGUCAUGGCUAACCCCAGGCCAUUGGCGCUGUGAGGCAGCAGCUCUACCAGCUGCACCAGUGUGCCAUUCUAUGAGAUUAAAAAUGGGAUUAGUAUAAAUAGGUACUUGAUGGGUGGAAUAGACAUGGUGGGCGGAAGGACCUGUUUCUCUGCUAUGACUCUGUGAGUCUACGACAAUCGGAAGGUCACCUUUUAACCCUUGAGCUAAUUGUUGCCCUGAAAUAAUAAAGGUUCGAUGCUCCUGCAGUUUGCUUGUGGCCACACUCUGGCCACAGAGAAGAGGAGUUAAAAUGGUUAGCAGUCAGGGAGAUCUGGUAGGCCUUGAUGGAACGAGCACAAGUGUUUAGCAAAAUGGUUGCAGGGUGUACGCUCGGUCUCGCCCAUGUAAAGGAGGCCAUUAUCAGGAACACCGAAUGCAGUAGAUGAGGUUAGAGGACAUGCGUGUGAACAUCGUCGCACAAGUGAAGGGCGGUACGGUGACACAGCGGUAGUGUUGCUGCCUUGCAGCGCCAGAGACCUGGGUUCGAUCCUGACUAACGGUGUUGUCUGUGCAGAGUUUGUAUGUUCUCCCUGUGACUGUGUGGGGUUUCUCCGGGUUCUCCGGUUUCCUCCCACAUUCCAAGGACGUGGAGGCUUGUAGGUUAAUUGGCUUCUGUAAAUAAUAUGGAAGUGGUACACAGAUGCUUGAUGGUUGCCGUGGACACGGUGGUCUGAAUGGCCUGUUUUCACACUGUAUCUUUAAACUGAAAACAAAAAACAAACAAAAGUGUGUUUGUAUUGGAUCGUUACCAAUCUAUUUUUGCCUUAAAAUUACUGUGAAUGGUGCAUAACAAUGUUGUACUUUCCAAAUAGCUUCCAGACCAUGGAUUUUAGAUCUGUAAGAUCUGAAGUUAUACUUGACCCAAAUGUCAUGGAGAAGCAUUUGCAUGAAGAAUAUUAACUAGAGGAUGCAAUCUCAAUGAGCAUGGAAAUAUUGUAGAUAAAAGCAAUGGCCAAGUGCUAGAUAUACAACAAUAUUAACGUCUCACCUUUGCCCGAAGCAACUAUAUUCAAUCUUCUGUAGAAUUUCAAGUGCCACUAAACGUAACUUUCAGGAUUGAAGUGAAAUCCAAAUCACAAUGUUAGAAACUUCUGAUAAUCAUUGAUUUAAAAAAAAAAAGAGGUCCUUUAUUAAAGCUGAAUUUCAAUUUUGGGGCCUGAUUUUGAACCAAUGCUUUCACUGAGAUCAGUAACAUGCUUUGAGGGCAUUCUUGGAUUAAGCUUUUCAUAAAUAUUUAUUGCUAUAUUAAGGACAAGUUUCUAGCAUAGCGCAGACAUUAAUUCCUCUGUAUUUGGAUUGUAUUUAUGUAUAAGAUUCUUUUAAUUCUUUGUGUGUCUAACUUUGGAUUGCUCUAAAAAUGUAACAGUAAGAAGACCUCAUUAAAAUUAUGUUUGAUUCUUAAUUAAAACAGUAUUGAAACUUGCGUUUGACAACAAUGAUACAGUGAGCCAUUUCGACCAGGUGAAAAGAACACAAAUACUGGAGGAAUUCAGAGGGUCAGGCAGCAUUUGUGGAAGGAAUGGACAGGCGAUGUUUCAGGUCGGGACCCUUCUUCACUCUUGAGUUCCUCCAGCACUUUGGAUUUUGUUCAUGAUUCCAGCAUCUGCAGUUCAUUGUGCCCUGCAGAUGAAUAGAAAUGUGUCUUAGGAUAAAACACAUUGACCUGAGCAUAAGUUUUACCCAUUCCUUCGUCUCUCUGUUCCCUUUGGGCAGAAGAUCCAAAGGCUUGAAAACACGCACCUCCAGACUCGGGAAGAAUUUCUCCCCCGCUUGUUAUCAGAUAUCUGAAUGGUCCUUCUAUAAGCUUGUGUACACCACUCAAUUCUCCAACCUACCUCACUGCAGCCAUUGAACUUUUCCUCUGGAACUGUUAGUCUCCCACAAUGUUGAGAACCUUAUUCUGCACUCUCUACCUUUCCCUUCACUUUACCUUUCAUACGAGUUUGGCUUGAGAUUGAGACAAAAUGCUGGAGUAACUCAGCGGGACAGGCAGCAUCGCUGGAGAGAAGGAAUGGGUGACAUUUCGGGUCGAGACCCUUCUUCGGACUUGGCUUGAUUAUAUUCAUUUGAUAGCAUGAUCUGAUUUGAUUGGAGAGCAUGCAAGCACAAGCUUUUCACUAUACCUCGGUGGUACAUGACAAUAAUAAACCUAAAGGUAUAUUUCACAAAAUACAGCAACUCUGUCAACAAGUCCAGCUGAUGAGAAUGAUUUUGUUCUUUGGAAGGGAACAAUUCCCUUUUCAGUCACCCUAUACUCAAGUAUGGUGUAAUCUGCCUGGAUAGCCCACAUAAUAAAGCUUUUAACUGUAUAGUAAACCUCGUUUUUACGGAAGUCUUUAUAAUGGAUUUCAGUGGUAGCGGACGGACCUGUCAACCUUCGCGGCCGAUGCUACCUCUGGCCCACACCGCCUCCCCGGCCACUUCCAAUACCGUGUCCUGCCACCGCCGCUACCGACCCUCACCCGCUCUCCGGUCGCCCGUGCGCCGCGACCAUUGACUCCGCUGAUCCUCGCCUCUCACCCGGCCGCCAGCAGGCCGGGGCCGUCAACCCGCCUGGAUUCCAGGCCCAGUCCCGGGACCGAGAAUCUGAGGAAGGGUCUCGACCCGAAACGUCACCUAUCCACAUUCUCCAGAGACGGUGCCUGAACAUGCUGAGUCACUCCAGCACUUUGUGCCCUUUUGUGUAUUAACCAGCAUCUGCAGUUGUUUGUUGCUACUGCUUAUACAAUGAGCACCGUUUCUCACUUAUGGUGAAUCUGUGGAAUUCUUUGCCACAGAAGGCUGGAGAGGCCAAGUCAGUGGAUAUUCUUAAGGCAGAGAUAGAUAGAUUCUUGAUUAGUACAGGUGUCAGAGGUUAUGGGAAGAAGGCAGGAGAAUGGGGUUAGAACGGAGAGAUAGUUCGGCCAUGAUUGAAUGGCGAAGUAGACUUGAUGGGCCGAAUGGCCUAAUUCAACUCCUACCACUUCUGACUUUAUAGCGGACAAUUGACAAUAACGGAGGUGCACGUGACAAUAAUAAACCAAAUACUUGCUCUGAGCUACUGUCAUCCUCUUAAAACAUAAUGGUAUAAUCUGCAUGGAUAGCACACAAAUAAAGUUUUUCACAGUACAACAAACCCUUGUUUUUACGGACCUCUUCAUAAAGAUUUUGGUUAUAGCGGACGUCAUUCGCUGCCGAGAUCAUCACCAACAAUAAUAAACCAGUAUCGAAUAGUUGCUACUAUCAUCAUCACAAAACAUGCCUGAAGAAGGGUCUCAACCCAAAACAUCACCCAUUCCUGCUCUCCAGAUAUGCUGCCUGACCUGCAUAGUUAAGUGAGCUUUUUAGACUAUUUAGACAAUAGACAAUAGGUGCAGCAGUAGGCCAUUCGACCCUUUGAGCCAGCACCGCCAUUCAAUGUGAUCAUGGCUGAUCAUCCCCAAUCAGUACCCAGUUCCUGCCUUCUCCCCAUAUCCCCUGACUCCGCUAUUUUGAAGAGCCCGAUCUAGCUCUCUCUUGAAAGCAUCCAGAGAACCUGCCUCCACCGCCCUCUGAGGCAGAGAAUUCCACGGACUUACCACUCUGUGAGAAAAAGUGUUUCCUCGUCUCAGUUCUAAAUGGCUUACUCCUUAUUUUUAAACUGUGGCCCCUGGUUCUGGACUCCCCCAACAUCGGGAACAUGUUUCCUGCCUCUAGCGUGUCCAAGCCCUUAACAAUCUUAUAUGUAUCUAUCCUCGCCAGCAUCUGCAGUUCCUUUCUACACAUCACAAAGCAUUCUUUGCCCCACUCCAGCCUCUCAGCUUCGGGUUGAGACUCUAUAGAAUGUCCCUGAUGGGGAAAUGUGUGGCAUUUUGUGUUC